AUGUCAGUCACCAUGUUCUUUUCGCUCAUCGUCUUUGGGAAACGGUCCCACCAGCGAUUAGAGGCGGCCUCUUCGUCUGGUUCCUCCGCUCACAGUCGUCUUUUCUAUGUUACUGACAGAAAGACUGGUACUCGUUUUCUUGUUGAUACAGGUGCUGACGUUAGUGUCCUUCCACCUUCUUCACAACAGCGUAAAUUUCCAUCAAAGAUCACUCUUCAAGCUGUCAAUCAUACACCUAUUGCAACUUAUGGACAAAAGUCAGUCACUUUAGAUUUUGGUUUACGCCGUAUUUUUCCAUGGGUAUUCAUUCUCGCUGACAUGCCUCGUCCAAUUCUUGGUGCUGAUUUUUUAGCCAAUUUUGGUCUAAAAGUGGAUCUUCGUCACCACAAACUUCUUGACACAAAUACUAACCUCACCAUUCAAGGCCUUACAACUCCAGCCACUUCACCUUGUCCCAUUUUUGCGAUAUCGACUCUGGCUACGCCUUAUCAAGAUCUUCUAGAAGAGUUUCCAGACAUUGUUCGUCUUUCAAACAAAGAAACUGCCAUAAAACACACUGUGACGCACCAUAUUCGCACUGAGUGUCCACCUGUUUUCUGUCGUCAACGAAGACUCGCUCCAGAUCGUUUUGCUAUCGCCAAGUCUGAAUUUGAUCACAUGCUUCAGUUAGGCAUCAUUCGUCCUUCAAAGAGUAGUUGGUCUUCUGCACUUCACAUGGUUCCAUAA